CCCUCCAAAUCAUAUGACUCCGGUGCUCCAAUCCCCUCCAUAUCAUGUGACUCCGGUGCUCCAAUCCCCUCCAUAUCAUAUGACUCCGGUGCUCCAAUCCCCUCCAUAUCAUGUGACUCCGGUGCUCCAAUCCCCUCCAUAUCAUGCGACUCAGGUGCUCCAAUCCCCUCCAAAUCAUAUGACUCCGGUGCUCCAAUCCCCUCCAUAUCAUGUGACUCAGGUGCUCCAAUCCCCUCCAUAUCAUGUGACUCAGGUGCUCCAAUCCCCUUCAUAUCAUGUGACUCAGGUGCUCCAAUCCCCUCUAUAUCAUGUGAUUCAGGUGUUCCAAUCCCCUCCAUAUCAUGUGACUCAGGUGCUCCAAUCCCCUCUAUAUCAUGUGAUUCAGGUGUUCCAAUCCCCUCCAAAUCAUGUGACUCAGGUGCUCCAAUCCCCUCCCAAUCAUGUGAUUCAGGUGUUCCAAUCCCCUCCAUAUCAUGUGAUUCAGGUGCUCCAAUCCCCUCCAUAUCAUGUGAUUCAGGUGUUCCAAUCCCCUCCAUAUCAUAGUCAAUAGCUAAAGACCUCCAAACUUGGUGUGGCCUUCAGAUGAGCCCAACAACAGUGCGUAGAGAGCUUCAUGGAAUGGGUUUCCAUGGC